AUGGCAAAGAAACAAAACGACAAGCCUGCGACUACGACUCCGACACCUGCUCCCGAGGAAAAGGGCAAGAAAAAACGCAAGGCCCCUAAGUCUGAGGCCCCAAAACCCAAGGAAAACCCUGGCAGCAAAAUAGGCCAUAACGAUGAGCACAUCAAGCGCUCGAAAAAUGAUUGGAUUCACUUUCGCAGCAUGUUCAGCUCGAAGCUGGAGAAACCUGAGGAUGCGAAGAUGGACCCGUUCGAAUGGCAGCAGGAGGUCACUAAAGCCGCCAGUAAGGCUUGGGGGGCUCUGACUGAGGCAGAAAAGAAGCCCUACAAGGACGCGGCGGCUGUCGAGGCGGAGGAGCAUAAAAUCAAGAAUCCAGGGUACAAGUACCGACCGAAGCCGAGAAAAAACCCAGCAGGAUCCAAGCAACGGAAGAGAGACUACGCGGAGGUGCGACCCAAGGAAUCUGGCCAUCGCGAGAAAAAGGCGCGUCGUACCCCACUCGAUGACGGCUUACAACAUCCCCUACCUCCCUCACUCCCGUCAUCCUCCUCUCUCGCUUCUCCCCACGCACCAGCGCCGGUCCUAACUCCCCACAUUGGACGUCCCGACGUCCUUGACCAGUUCAAUGUCCCACCGUCCGCAGGCCAUCAAUAUAUGGACCCCAUGCGUGGUCCCGUUCCCUCCCAUCCCCGUCCCCGUCUCACAACCCCCCACGAAUUCGAACAACCCGCAUAUUCAGUCCAGGCGUUCCCCCUGCCUGCUCUCGCUUUUCCGUGGCCCUCGAUUUCUCGACCCGCCCCUCUAAGCAUCGCGACCGGCGGCUCUUCGACUUACCAGGAUCACCAUUCGUCUCACACUUUCCCUCGGACGCCUUCGGGAUGGCCCCAACAGUCGACGAAUAACCAAUUCACGUUGUCGCCAAAUAAGUUUGGGGACGUGGCCUUUGACUCGUACUCUGAGUCACAUUCACAGCAGGCCGCUGGCUAUAUCCAGCUUCCUCCGAUCCCAUGGCCAACGCCUUCGUUUAACGACUCUGCGAUUUGGGGUUUUCCUGCCACUUCCAUCGGGAACGACCACGCCAGUCCUCCGACCACCAACGCUUCGUCUGCGUCGUUGACUCCUCCACUCGCACAUGGAAGUUUGCCCGCAGAGUUCACCAACCCCGACGUGAACAGACAGGCUCCGUCUGGACUUGCGAUGCCCCUCGUCGGUGACAGUAGCGAAGCUGCCAUGUUUGCGGAGUUGGAUAUACGUGCCCCCUUCCAGUUUGGCCAUGGGCGGUACUUCGAGUACGCCUUUGAGGAUAUUCGCCAUUGGUAG